AGAGAGAGAGAGAAGAGAGAGAGAGGAGGGAGCUGCCAUGGUUAAGCAAAGAUGAGAGAGAAGAAGAAAGCAACAACAACAACAGGAGGUUGACAGAGGGUUAGAGAGAGAAAGUAGAGAGAGAAAACGGGUUUAAGGGAGAGAGGGAGAGGGAGAGAGAGGGGGUUUUUAGGUCCACCAACUGGUAGUUAAGAGAUAGAGCUUCUUAACCAAACAAAUUCGAUCUUAACCAGAGAGAGGAAUUUUGAAAUUACAAUUGAUAGGAGGUUGAAGAAGACGAAGAGGAAGAAGAAAGCAAAAGCAAGUCAAGCACCAACUUCUUCAACUCGGUUUUGAAGCUGCUAAGCUCAAAAAGAGGAAGCGAUUUUGAAAAAGGAGAAUAUUAUCAUUUCUGUGUGUGUGAGAGAGAGAGAGAGAGAGAGAGAGAAGGAAAGGAAGAAAAGGGGGAGGGAAGUCGUAUACUUGGGGUUGUCUUUGUGGGUGUGUGUGAAUCUCUCUCACGUGGGGAUUGAUGGAAUGAUAGAUAGAGAAUAUAUGAUUAGAAAAAAAGAGUAAAAAAGCGAGAGAAGAAAAAAAAUCAUUAUUACUUUUCUUUUUUCUCUCUUUCAGAGAGAAAAAAAAAAAAGAAUAGGAACUGUUCUUCCUAUCUCUUAUCUGGGUUUAUUAUUUUCUUUGAUUAUUAUUGAGAUGCUGUGCAUGAAAAUUCAAUGAAAAGAGAAGUUGAGUAUUGCUCUUGUUGUAGUAGUAUCGGGCUCUUGGAAUUGCAGUGUUUUUUUUUUGGUCUUUGAGGAAUUUUUUUCUACCAGCGGAUCGGUUGGUGUCUUUGAGAUUUUCUGUUCCCCACAAUACCCACAGCUCCUACUGGUUUCCAGUUCCCCGGAUGACUGUGUAAUCUGAAUAGGAUAGCAGAGCUGGAAAUUUGAUAAUUUGGGAGAAAAUAUGGCCACUUUCUACACUACCUCUAACAAUCAAAGAGAGUGUCCAAUGAUCUAUUUGAGGGAAUCUUUGCCGGGUUCAUACCAGGAAGCGCCAGUCCUUCCUGGUAAUAUGAUGGUGUAUAUGAAUUCUGGUGUGUACACAGAUGCGAUUGCUGGAAAUUCUCAGCAGCAAACCAACUGCAUUGAGAUGCACUCUGUUGAAGCUUCAGAUUCAACCUCGCAGCAACAAGAAAUUUUGUCAAACCUUGGUGGUUCUCGAAUUGUAGAUCAAGAUUUCAGUGCAUGGAGAGAUGGAAGGAACGAGAUGCUGGUUAUGCACCCAAUAGGUGGUCCUAGCAGCAUUCUUCAAGGUGGACAAAACUUGCAGGGUCAAGGAUUAUCCCUCAGCCUUGGUAGUCAAAUUCCAUCUGGAAUCCAGAUGCCUUCUAUUCCCUAUAGGAAUCCAAAUACAGGUUUUUCUUCAUUUUUGAAUUCCAAUCCAUCAAUUGCUGGCGAUGAUGGCAGCAGAAACGGUUCUUCCAGAGAUGAACACUCAAGAAACGUUGAAUAUAUGUCAACCAGUUUUUCUGGAGGUAAUCAGGAUUUGAACAAGGGAGACUUAUCUCUAUACGGAAUGUCAAGUAUUGCAAGAACCAUUCCCAAUUCAAAGUACCUCAAGGCGGCACAACAGCUGCUUGAUGAAGUUGUUAAUGUUAGAAAAGCCCUGAAGCAGCCUGAUAAUGAGAAAAAUCAAAACUCAAAUGAACAACAUAAUUUAAAGGAGGGUGAGGGAUCAAAGAAUAGUGCAAACCCUCAAGAAUCCACCAAUAACCCCCCAAGUGAGCUUUCACAUGCUGAAAGACAAGAAUUGCAAAACAAAUUGACAAAGCUCUUGUCAAUGCUGGAUGAGGUUGAUAGAAGGUACAAACAGUACUACCACCAGAUGCAGAUUGUGGUCUCCUCUUUCGACGUGAUAGCAGGAUGUGGGGCAGCUAACCCAUACACCGCCCUUGCACUUCAGACUAUAUCCCGCCAUUUUCGAUGCUUGCGUGAUGCAAUCUGGCCAAUCCGUGCAACUCGUAAAGCCCUAGGAGAACAAGACAAUUCAGAAAAU